GUUGUUUAUAUUAAAGAUUCCAAAAAUCUUGUACGUUUCAACAUGGCACAAUUUACUUUUGAUGAAAUAAAAGUCUUUGACGAUUCAUUAGAUAAUAUGGACAUUAUUAGAACUCUGACGGAAUACCGAGAAGCAGCUUUUUAUGUUGCAGAUAUUGGUACUCUCAUAAAAAAACAUCAGGAAUGGAUCACCAAAUUACCGAGAAUUAUUCCACACUAUGCAAUUAAAGUUAAUCCGGAUCCAACGGUAGUUAAAGUACUUGUAGCUUUGAAUGCCUGUUUUGAUUGUGCAUCUAUGGAAGAAAUUAAAAUGGUAAUGCAGCAUGGAGUACACGGCGAUAGGAUUAUUUUCGCGCAUCCAGCCAAGUAUCCGUCUCAUAUAAAAUACGCGAAAAAAAUGGGCGUCAAGCAGAUGACGGUCGACGGAGAAGACGAGUUAUUCAAGAUCAAGGAACUCUUUCCUGAAGCUAAAAUUGUUAUACGUAUACGUUGCGAUGCGAAGAAGGCGCAUGUAGUAUUGGGGUUGAAAUUCGGCUCCGAACCGGAUGAGGAAACCGUGCGCUUGAUACAGCUCACGAAAGAUCUCGGUCUGAAUUUAUACGGCUUCAGCUUUCAUGUCGGUAGCCCGUGCGAAGAGUUCGAGGCUUACGCCAGAGGGAUCGCAUUGUGCAAACAAUUAGUUGCUAUCUCCAAGACAAUCGGGUGCGACAACGUGCAGUUGAUCGACAUCGGCGGUGGAUUUCCGGGCGAGAGCGGAACGGACGUUGACAAGGUAUAUGAGAUUUACUCUCCGAUAAUCGCCUUCCAUUCAUCGGAACGUUGGACAUUAAAAUGUUAGAUA